UCACUUUAUGUCUUCACGACACAACCCGAAUCUUUGUCAACAAGAACAAAAGAAAGUCUCACCCACUCUUCUCCCCGCCUUAGUUAUGGCCUUUGUCUCUGCCCGUCUGCCGCUGUCAUUUCUCCACCAUUUUAACCUCUCUUCUCUUCCUUCUUCCCGUCCUUCUUCAUCUCUUCUGCUAAAAACCCCCCGUCUUCUCUUCUCUGCUCCCAACCAUUCUUCAGCUGUGUCGCCAUCAUCAUCAUCAUCAAUUCCUCCUCAUCAUCAUCAUCAUGAUGGGCUAUUUCUCAUGCAAUGCAGAAACUGCCGUUGCCACGUGUGAUUCCUACAACUUCAAAUUAACCAAAAAACUACCGCCUUCCAACAAAAUCAUCCUCUUCUCCUACUCCGAUCUCCAUUCCUCCACCAACGCCUUCUCCCAGGCCCACCUCCUCGGCAAGGGCAGCUACGGCAGCGUCUACAAAGCCCACCUCGUUCUCCACCCCCGCCAACACCUCGUCGCCGCCGUCAAGAUAACCAAGCCCACCUCCACCAACGCCCCCGCCGAAAACGAGAUUGAGAUCCUCUCCCACGUCCAUCAUCCCCGUCUGGUCAAUCUCCUCGGCCAUUCCGUCGAUUCCCAUAACAAUAAAUUGAUCGUUGUCGAGUACAUGCCAAACGGGUCCUUGUACGAUUUGCUCCAUCGUUCGACCAGGCCGCCCGGCUGGACCAGGCGUGUCCGGUUCGCUUUACAACUAGCGAAAGCGCUUCAUUUUUUGCACUCCUCUAACCCCCCGGUUAUCCACCGGGACGUCAAGUCCUCGAACGUAUUAAUCGACGCGAAUUUCAACGCGCGGCUCAGCGACUUCGGCUUGGCUUUGAGAGGACACGUGGAGGACGUUCGUGUGAAAUGUACCCCGCCGGCGGGGACGCUAGGGUAUCUCGAUCCGGGCUACCUUGCGCCGGGUGAUCUCAGCACCAAGUCCGACGUGUUCAGUUUUGGAAUUUUGCUGCUGGAGAUUAUCAGCGGGAGGAAUGCCAUCGACGUGAAUUACAGCCCGCCGUCGGUGGUGGACUGGGCGGUGCCGGCGAUAAAAGCCGGAGAUUUUGCGGGACUCUGCGACCCGAGGAUUGGACCGCCGGAGGAUGAGGCGGCGCUGCUGCAGCUGGCGGUUUUGGCCGCAAAAUGCGUGAGGACUUCGGGGGCGAAGCGGCCGGCAAUGGCGGAGGUGGUGGAGAGCCUAAAAGGUGUUUGCAAGAGAGUGAAUUAUCCGGUAUGGAAUAACCUGGGGAGAAGCGUGGACUGCGUGAGAGAUCCCACGCGCGUGACUACUAAAUACGAGCCGUUGGAUGAAAGUGGUGAGAUGAUCAAGACCGUCAGAGUGAGUAGUAGAAGGACCAGGAAAGUCUCGAGCGUGGGGAGCCUAGAAGCUGGAGGGAGCGCGGCGACGGGUAGAGAUCGGAGUGAUCGAAUUGGAAGGUCGAGAUCGAUUGGGUCGUUUAGGGAGAUUGAAUUUGGUGCGUUGGAUUUGAGCAGUAAUGACGGUGGUGUAGCAGUAGGAGGGGUGGCGGGGAGGAGGAGGAGGGGAGGAUUGGCUGUGAAGAUGCCUAUAGUAAGGUUGAGUAAGUCGCGGUCAAUGGGAAUGCUGCAAAGCACGAGAUUAGCGAACAAUAAUAAUAAUAAUAAUAAUGGCGGCGGUAGUAGCAUUACUGGUACCAAUAAUGAAGGGGUAAAAUUGGUGUGGAGUCCUGAUGGUAGGGAGUUGGAAGAGUCGAAAUUGUUGGUGGAUUCAAGAAACGAAACUCUUCAAGAAGGAUAUGAUCCAGUACUGAUAGGAAAAAGAGAAGAUUAUUAAUAUAUAUAUAUCACCAAUACUGAAAUGGUCCAAAUUUUAGUUUCUUCAAAUUUUAGAUAGAUAGAUAGAUAGAACUGGAGGGUUUUUCUACAAUCCCAUAUAUAUAUAUAUAUUUUUUUCUUGUUGUAAAGAGUACUUACUUGUUGAACUGAAUCAGGCAGGUUGUUUUUGUGUACCAUCUAUAUGAUAUAUCUCCACCGGAAGUCCAUCAAAUGUGUUCUUAUGAUUUCAUCAGCCGGAAUGAAAGUUGUUUCCUACAAAUGACUUCC